UUGGCGGGAAACCCCUACCAGUUAGAACAGAACCGGCGCGUGCGCAACACGCGUCUGUACAAAAUUCAAAUCCGAUACGAUCGCGAACGCGACGUUUUGUCUCCUGGGCCUUUUUGUUUUACAAAUAGUUCCAAUGGAAGUAAUGGGGACACACCUCAUUUCCUUUUGUCACGAUUCUCUUUAACACAGUGUGAAUAUGCUUUGUUAGUUCAAAAAAGAAGUGUUAGUUCAACUUUCCUAAAACUUUAAACAACUCUUAUGUCUGAAAACUAAAUUAUAAUAUAUACAUAUUUAUUACUAGCUAAAAUAUAACUUAAAGUGCAAAAAAUCUAACCCGUGAUAUUACAAGAAGUUUUACUAAGCAGAUAAAAAGGGCAAUUGUAAUUUAUUGAGUUCAAUUAAGGAACACUACUACAUCACUGGGAUGAAAAAUGUUUAAACAAGAACUAUUUUUGCUGGUAUGGGUAUGCGGGGCCUUGGCUGCGUUAGAUGGUUACAGCCCGCAACAAGAUCCCGACCAAUUCCACAUACAAACAGACGAGGAUGACGAACGCUACUUUCUCUACCAGACUCACAAUGGACAGUAUAGAAAAGAGAGAAGACUCAAGGAUGGCUCUGUCGUUGGUACGACGGGUUGGGUGGGCGCAGAUGGCUACCUACGCCUCCAGGACUAUAUAGCAGAUCACGAAGGCUAUCGGAUUUAUAAAUCUAAAACAGUUUACGUUGGUCAAAAUCGACCAAUAGGAGAAUCAUUGAAAAUCGCCAAGACAGCUCCUACAGAUUCUGGUUAUGGAGUAACACCAGCGUCUCCUUUGAAUCGAGCACGUGGCUCGCCACGUGUCAGUUCUACUACACCAGUACCGUUACAACCUUCAUCUACCUUAACACCACCCCACUCAUUUCCCUCUGAAGUGGCAGUCACUCCUCCACCUCCGCUUUAUCCAAGCUCCACACCAAUACCCCACGUUGAUGUAUCUCCUAAUUCAAUUGAUACAUCUUCUACUCCAUUCAACUUUAGACCUACAGUUCCACCAAUUACAGCAGCAGAUGCAUCACCAUCUUCGAAUCCUUACGAUUACGAUUCAUCGAAUACCAACACAAUUGAUGAUGGUUAUUAUGCAAGUGACAGCACACCAUAUAGACGAUUCGAUGUUUUUAAUCCCAACUCAUAUAGACAUGCUGAUGACUGGCUAAGAAGACAACGACCCAAACUUAGACUUGGCGAUGGAUAUACACCUCAAUUCCCUCAAUAUGAUGGAAUCGCUUUCAGACAAAACGGCUUCAGAUAUUACUUGCCUAAACAGUAUCACGAAGAAGAAACUGGAAGCUCCAAUGAUAGAACAGGAAGCUUCGGUUACAUCGAUCCGUUUGGUAUUCGCCGAGUUAUAUAUUACAAUACUUCUCCCGGCGAAGGUUUUCAAAUCCGCAAAAAUAAUAGAUACGUCGGACACGACGCUACUCCUUACGAUCCACGGCCAAUAGAUUGAUACAAAAUGUAUGUAGAGUGAUUAAUUACAGCAUGUUAAAAUUGAAGUUACCUAAUAAUUUAUUAAUCAGUAUUGCUAGUUCACGAGAACUGUUUUUAUAGGAGACAUAACGAUCGAUCCACUCGAACGAUGCGAAUUCUUAGCCAUUUACUUUAUUAUAAGUCUAUGUCAUUUGUUUAGCGUAUUCGCAAAGAAGAAAGAUACUUUUAAUACGUUACCUAUUCAUAUCAUUAACAUUUAGGUACAUUAUUUAUGUAUAUCGUUAAGUUUAAAUAUAUUGAAUGAAUUAAUUAAUCUCAGUGCCAUUGUACUGUAUAGCUAUCUAAUUAACAGUGUAAUUUUAUUUCUAUAAGUAAAUUUUAAAUACAAUUCAUAGCCAAAAAUUUACAAAAUCAGAAUAGAACGUUUGCUCUUUCAAACUUUUAAAACGUAUAAGUUAUCAUUGAUGUUACAUUUAAAAUAUAAGGUUAAUGAACUUAUUAUGUAUACUUUUACCUUUUUAGAAGAAGAUCGUAUUUUCGCCUACUUACAUGCACCAUAUUUGUAAGUAAGUCGUUAGGAACAUUUUUCGCGAUGAGUCUUAUACAAAUAAAGUAUUUUAUGAAAGCCAGAACAAAGUUAAAAGUCUUGUGUGUUGUACGUGCUUCAAUACCAAAAAUAAAUAUAUUUCGCAAGAUAUAAUCUUGUAUUGUGUAUGGUUUUAUGUUUUGCAUAUGGUAGUUUGCGGAGAAGGCCUGUAUUUAGUAGUGGACAAUGAAUGACUGAAAUCACGGAUGAUAAUGUUCUUUGUUAAUGCACUAAUAAGCAUAAUAAUUAUGAGUUUAGUAAACUUUGGUCGCUUGAUAAAACUUAUCUAUUAUAUUAAUAUUCUAAGUAUUUUAAAAAAAUCUCAUUUAAAUGUAUAAUAUAGCUAAGUUUGUAUUAAAAGGACAUAAGUCAUAAAAUUCAUAACAAUUCAAAAUAUAAAUAUACUGCCAACUACUAAUUUUACUCUUUAUUUACAAAUAACUUAUGUGUAGUUUUACCGAUCUAUUUACCUAAAAAAAUUUCAGAAAAGUUUAUAGCCACUUCAUAAUGUUCAUGUGCUAGGUGUGUGAUAUAUGUCACUGCUAAUAAUUUGCUAUUAUUCGACAUUGCAGUAACAAUGUCUUAAUGUCAGCUUGUUGCAGUGACUAUCAAUCAAAUGGGUAUUAAUUUAUGAUUAUAAUAAUAUAGUUAACAAUGUAAUUGUCUUCACUAUUUAUGAUUUAAUGUAUAUUCGAUGUAUGUAUUAUGUUGACUAAUAUUGUUUAGAUAUAUUGGUGAAAAUAAAACUUGUUAACAAGA